AUGUCAAAAUUUCUCCUAAUUUUCACUUUAAGCUUUAGCUUCAUCAGCAAGUCAUCAUCAUGGACACUUUCAUCUCUAGACAUGACCCCAAAUGAAACAUCAAUCCUUCACGUGUCAGUUUACUACAAUCGAGCAUUUUUGUGCCUUCAACAUCAAAAUGACACACAAAAGCCAACAUUUAUUGAAGCUACAUGGCCUGAAAACUUAAUCGGAGUGAGACCAAAAAUAUUCCCAAGUGAGCCGCAAUUUAAGAAGAGAAGUGGAAAGUGUCGAGGAAUACAGCAGGCAAAAGCUACUGAUAUUGAUGAGAAAGGAAGACUGUGGCUGAUUGAUGAAGGAACUGACAAUUGUGCACCAAAAAUUUUUGUGUAUGAUUUGCUGUACUUUAAUGAGGAAGUUCAUUUCAUGGCAUUUGACCUCCUAUUGGGCAAAAAGUUCUCAAAAAUCGUCAUCGACCCAGUUGAGUGUGAGAAUGGUGACACUCGAGCCUACAUCAGCCUCUAUGGAGAGGACUACUUACUAGUUUACUCAAUGAAUGAAAGAAAAAUUGGAAAACUUAAGUUCACCAAUGAGUACAUCCAGCCCUCAAAGUCCCUCGCAUUCACUGAAAUGCUUAUAACUCAACAAAAAGACCAGAUGUACAUUACCGACUCUUCAACAGGCAACCUAUAUUCCAUGAACCUUACACCAAUCAGAUACCUCAACUUCUCAAUUGUCGAAUCCAAAAAAAUGUCAAUAAGAAGUCCAUUAACAUACAUUGGAGCUUUAUUAGGACCAGCAAAAUCACUAACAUCUAAUCCAGAUGGAGUUGUGCUGUAUAUCAUCCCAAAAUUCUCAACAGUUGUCAUGUGGGAUCCGAGAACCCCGCUUACUGCUGAAUGGCAUGAAGUCAUUUAUCAAACUUCGAAUGAUUUGAGUCAAAUUUUGUGUGGACAGAAAGGCAGUGUCUAUGUGAUUACUGAGAAGGUUGCUAAGAUCACAAGAAGUGGAAAAUGGAAGCAUUCGGUGAAGAUUCAUGUGGCAUGA